AUGGCCUCCAAGAAAGAUGGUCUCCGUGCUGCUAAGGCUCGCGGCCCGGCGGCGCCAGACAAGUACUCGGUGCUCCUGCCCACCUACAACGAGCGCGAGAACCUGCCGCUCAUCGUGUGGCUGCUGGUGAAGUGCUUCUCGGAGAGUGGAAUCAGCUAUGAAAUUAUAAUCAUAGAUGAUGGAAGCCCAGAUGGAACAAGGGAUGUUGCUGAGCAGCUGGAGAAGAUUUAUGGAUCUGACAAAAUAGUUUUAAGACCAAGGGAGAAAAAGUUGGGACUUGGAACUGCAUACAUUCACGGGAUGAAACAUGCUACAGGGAACUACAUAGUCAUCAUGGAUGCUGACCUCUCACACCAUCCAAAGUUUAUUCCUGAAUUCAUUAGGAAGCAAAAGGAGGGUAAUUUUGACAUUGUCACUGGCACUCGCUACAAAGGAAAUGGAGGUGUGUACGGCUGGGAUUUGAAAAGAAAAUUAAUCAGUCGUGGAGCCAACUUUAUAACUCAGAUUUUGCUGAGACCUGGAGCAUCUGACUUAACAGGAAGUUUCAGAUUAUACCGAAAAGAAGUUCUACAGAAGCUAAUUGAAAAAUGUGUUUCUAAAGGUUAUGUCUUCCAGAUGGAAAUGAUUGUUCGAGCAAGACAGUUGAAUUACACUAUUGGCGAGGUUCCAAUAACGUUUGUGGAUCGAGUUUAUGGUGAAUCCAAGUUGGGAGGAAAUGAAAUAGUCUCUUUCUUGAAAGGAUUAUUAACUCUUUUUGCUACUACAUAAAUGAAAGUCAUUCAUUUAUUACUUAUGUUCAUUUGAAUUUAAACAUUAAAGAAGCCUGGUUGCUGAUUUUAAUAAAAUGUGCUCUUAAAGCAUGUAUCUAAAGGUAAGGUGAAUUUCAUGUAAGUCUUUUUCCUGAGGAAACCCCAAUUUAUGUUUCAAAUUAAAAUAGAAAAAUAA